CAAUGAAUCCACCAGUAAUGAACUUGUACAACUAGUUGAAAGCCACACAAAAGAAGUUCACCAGAAUUACCCUGAUGAAAACUCUCUCCAUCGCCUGUUUUGGGAUGAACAGCUGAAAUACAAUCAACAGGGAUAAGAGGGGCAUGAGUUGGCAUCCCAUGAUUGUAAAAUGGAGCCUGUAUUUACAACAAACAAGUCGGAACACAUAUGAAGCCCUUCCGUCAAAUAGAACUCUCUUUGAUUACUCUCAUGUGCUACCAAAUCAACUUGGACAUAGGUUACAACAUAAAGUGUAAUUCACAUACAGCAUUUGUUGGUCUAUUACAAGAUGAGAUCAAGGUCAAAGAAGGUCUUGUUUAUGACAGUGCUUCAGAUGAACUUAUUGGCUAUACCGACUUUGACAAAACAUCAAAUAGCCUAAUUGACUUGGAAAAUGUCUUCACAAAUGAAACAAGAAAACUUGCAACCUCUAUGCUUGUGGUAAUGGUGCGUGGAAUUACAACAAGUUUGAAAUAUCCAUUCGCAGCUUUUACAACCCUUGUUGUGACAGCAGAUUUACUGUACAAUAUGAUUUGGAACUGUGUGAAAACUUUGGAAAUUGAUUGUGGACUUAAAGUACUGUUUGUAACAUGUGAUGGUGCCUCUCCUAAUCGGAAAUUCUUUGGCAUGCACAAAGAAGAAAAUUCGCAACUACUAACUUACUUCACAUGGAAUACAUAUGCAACUCCUAGGCGUAAAUUAUUUUUUAUAUCUGAUGUUCCACAUUUAAUGAAAACUACACGCAACUGUUUCGCAAAUUCAAGUAGCCACAAACUAUCCAGAAAAUUGUGGAAGGAUGGAAAGAACAUUUCAUGGAUGCAUAUAGUGAACCUAUUUGAAGACUACUGUGAAACCAAUUUAUACAGGCUGACCAGAGCUCAUGUGGACUUAACAGCAUUCUCACAGAUGAAAGUAAACUUGGACGUUUUGGGUAAAACUUUUGCGGAUGCUUUGGAAGAAUUAUAUGGCGAUCAAGUGAUAGAAACGGUGAAAUUCAUACGUCAUAUGAAUAAGUUCUUUGACUGCUUGAAUGUCAGAAGUCUAUCUGAAGGCAGAAAAACAAGAAAUAGGGAUCGUGAUAUAUAUUGUGAAGCAGAUGAUGACCGCCUCACUUAUCUUAUGAAUGACUUUCUUGGGUACCGGUACUUUGAUUCAUGGAGAGUAAGUGUGACCAAUCGUCCUGGAGACUUUACAAAGGGACAAAGAUCAUCUAUGAUGCUUAGUCAUCAAACUUUAGAGGGACUCCAAAUAUCAGUAUGAUCUAUAGUGGAAUGUGUGAGUGAGUGAGUUUGAUUUUACGCCGCUUUUAGCAAUAUUCCAGCAAUAUCACAGCGGUGGAAUGUGUGAGGUUCAUGCUCAACGAAGAGGCAGAUUUUAUACUGACACAUAGGUUUAACCAAGAUCCCCUGGAAGAACAUUUCACGCACUAUAGACAAAAGGGUGGAUCAAAUGACAAUCCCUCGGUGUAUCAAGUGCGUAAUACUUUGUGCACUAUGAGAACUGUGGGAUCUCAAGCUAUUGCAAUGGUUCGGGGCAAUAAACGCCGCUCUGCUGGGACAGUAAACCAACAACCAUUGCCCCCCAAAAAAGGACAAAGUGACUUUGAAACAAUACCCAGUGUUUAAAACAAAAUGUCAGACCAUAGGACUUAUUACUUUGAAAAAUCUACCAGUCCUUAAGGAAACCUGCUUGCUUGAUUUUUAAAUAGAAAACUAAGAAUUCAUAAUAGAUUUUACUGCAUUUAAGUUAUAGUUAUUUAUACAUUGUUUAGUUACCUUCCAAAAACUAUCCAAUUCUGAGUACAUCCUGGCUACAAGUAUGUCAGUUUGUCUGAAUAAAAUCAGAAACAAUUAUAUGUUGCCAUGUUAUUUGGUGUUAUCUAUUACCUAUUAUAUUGUAUUGUACACAGACCACCUGCAGUGAAAUCCUACUUGUACUCAUGGUUACCAAGAAUACCGGUACCUAUGCAAUUAUCAACCUAUAUUUUUCUAUCCAGAUACCUACAUAGUGUACAUAUUUCUGUACAUAUCUCCACUUAGAAAACCAACUUGCUGACUGUCUGUUUAAUACUAUAAGACAAUUUCUUCAGACCAAAAUAAUGUAAAGUAUUCACAAAGGACAGUUGUUUACAUUUUGUAGUCCAUAUUUGUAAUAUCAUAUAUUCAUAUGUAUGUUUAUGAAGACAAGAUUAUUACUAGAGGUCUUAUCUAUAUUCUCAC